AUGACUGCGUUUGGAAAUCAUUUUACAAUUGUUGUGUUUGGAGCAAGUGGAGACUUGGCUGCUAAAAAGACAUUCCCCGCUUUAUUUGGUUUGUUUAGAGAAAAGCAAAUGAGUCAUGAUGUCCAAAUCAUUGGGUACGCUAGAUCAGACUUACUGGAGGACAAAUUCCAUGAAAAGAUUUCUCAGCACUUUAAAGGUGGCGAUGAACAAACUAAAAAGGACUUUUUGAAGCUCACUUCUUAUGUCAGGGGUCAAUACGACACCGAUGAAGGGUACCAAAAGUUGGAAAAAAGAUGCCAGGAGUAUGAAAAACAACAUGGUGUUGACAAGCCACAAAGAUUGUUUUAUUUGGCAUUACCUCCCUCUCAAUUCACCGAGGUUUGUGAACAAAUUAAAAAGAAUGACUAUGUCAAAGAUGGAAUUAUCAGAGUUGUUAUUGAGAAACCCUUUGGCCAUGAUUUAGAAUCUGCAAGAGAGCUUCAGAAAUCAAUUGCCCCAUUAUUCACUGAAGAUGAAAUCUAUAGGAUCGACCACUACUUGGGUAAAGAAAUGGUUAAAAACUUGUUGGUUUUGAGGUUUGGUAAUGAGAUUUUCAGUGGAGUAUGGAAUAAGAAUUUCAUUUCAUCCAUACAGAUCAGUUUCAAGGAACCAUUUGGAACUGAGGGAAGAGGUGGUUACUUUGAUAACAUUGGUAUAAUUAGAGAUGUUAUGCAAAACCAUUUGUUACAAGUUUUGACCUUGUUGACCAUGGAAAGACCAGUUUCUUUUGAUCCUGAAGCGGUUAGAGAUGAAAAAGUUAAGGUAUUGAAGGCUUUUGAUGCUAUAAACACUAAAGAUAUUAUUCUUGGGCAAUAUGGCAAGUCUGAGGACGGCAAAAAACCUGCUUACGUUGAUGACGAAACUGUGUCUAAAGAUUCUAAAUGUGUCACUUAUUGUGCUUUCCCGGUCAAUAUUCACAACGAAAGAUGGGAUGGUGUGCCAAUAGUGUUGAGAGCUGGUAAGGCUUUGGAUGAAGGAAAAGUCGAAGUUAGAAUUCAAUUCAAGCCUGUUGCCAAAGGUAUGUUCAAGGAUAUUCUGAGGAACGAGUUGGUUAUCAGAAUCCAGCCAGAAGAAGCAAUUUAUUUGAAGAUCAACUCCAAAAUCCCUGGGGUCUCUACACAAACAUCCUUGACUGAUUUGGAUUUGACUUAUUCCAAACGUUAUUCGAAAGAUUUCUGGAUUCCAGAAGCGUACGAAUCUUUGCUUAGAGACGUUUUCCAAGGAAACCACGCCAAUUUCGUUAGGGACGACGAAUUGGAUGUCUCAUGGAAAUUAUUCACGCCACUAUUGGAAGCUAUUGAAAAUGACAAGAAUUUGAAGUUGGACAUAUAUCCAUAUGGAUCCAAAGGUCCAAAAGGCUUGAGACAAUUCUUAUCAAAUCACGGUUACGUAUUCGACACCCCUGGUACUUAUCAAUGGCCAUUGACUGAACCUGAUGUAAAGGGUAAAAUUUAA